UUAUCACUUCCGCUUCCGGCCGCGUACAGGAAGUUUCUGUCUGAACUUGCCGGGAAAAUGUCUCCCACCAUGGGGUCGGCGGCAGUGGGGCCGGGGUCUGCGGCUGAGCUCCUGUUACAGAGACUUGAACUAGUAGGAGCCCAAGGCGAGGCCGGGCUCUGUAGCCUAGAGGCGGCUGAAGCGCUGGGCCUGGAGCAUCAAGUGUUGGUCGGAGCAGUGAAGAGCCUGCAGUCAUUGGGAGAGGUGAUUGAGGCUGAGCAGCGCACAUCCAAGAAGUGGGAGCUGACCCCUGAGGGCAAAGAAAUUGUCCAGGAAGGGAGCCAUGAAGUCCGGGUGUUUCACAGCAUCCCAUCUGAGGGCCUGGUCCAGAGUGAGCUGAUGAAGCUGCCAAGUGGAAAGGUGGGAUUCAGCAAAGCGAUGUCCAAUAAGUGGAUCUGGCUAGACAAGACCUCAGAAGGCGGGCCCCGGAUCUUCAGGGCGGUGGAGACUGUGCAGGACUCUGUGAGGGACAAACUGCUCCAGGUGGAACAGGGUGAGGGUGAGAAGCUAGAGGAGAAGGACAAGAAUGAGCUGAAGAAGCGGAAACUCCUGGCAGAAGUGACCAUUAAGACAUACUGGAUCAGUAAAGGAAAUGCUUUUAGUACUACUAUUACCAAGCAGGAAACAGACCUCACUCCAGAGGUGAUUGCCAGUGGCUCUUGGAGAGAUUUGAAGUUCAAGGCUUAUAACUUUGAGGCAUUGGGCAUUAUGCCUGAAAGCGGCCAUCUCCACCCCCUCCUGAAGGUCCGCAGCCAGUUCCGGCAGAUCUUCCUUGAAAUGGGUUUUACAGAAAUGCCCACCAAUAACUUCAUUGAGAGCUCCUUCUGGAACUUUGAUGCCCUAUUCCAGCCACAGCAGCAUCCAGCCCGGGAUCAGCAUGACACCUUCUUCCUAAAGGAUCCUGCUGAAGCCAUUGACUUCCCCAUGGAUUACCUGAAGAGAGUAAAGAAGGUUCAUUCGCAAGGAGGUUAUGGCUCUCAGGGGUACAGAUAUGACUGGAAGCUGGAGGAGGCUCGGAAGAACCUCCUUCGGACACACACCACAGCUGUCAGUGCCCGCAUGCUCUAUCAGCUGGCACAGCAGAAGUUCACUCCUGCCAAAUACUUCUCCAUUGACCGUGUCUUCAGGAAUGAGACGCUGGAUGCCACCCACCUGGCUGAGUUUCACCAGAUUGAAGGGGUGGUGGCCGAUUAUGGCUUGACACUGGGGGACCUGAUGGGUGUCCUGAAAGCGUUUUUCACCAAGUUGGGAAUCACCCAGCUGCGCUUUAAGCCUGCUUAUAAUCCUUAUACAGAGCCCAGCAUGGAGGUGUUCAGCUACCACCAGGGAUUAAAGAAAUGGGUAGAGGUAGGCAACUCAGGACUCUUCCGCCCAGAAAUGCUGCUGCCUAUGGGCCUGCCAGAUGGAGUGUCUGUCAUUGCCUGGGGCCUUUCGCUGGAACGGCCCACCAUGAUCAAGUAUGGCAUCAAUAAUAUCCGGGAACUGGUUGGCCACAAAGUCAAUCUGCAGAUGGUAUAUGACAGCCCACUCUGCCGCUUGGAUGCCUAGCCUUCAGACACCUGCUUCUCUCCUCGGAGACCUCUGUAUUUAUUAGUCUUGCUCCUUGAUGGAACACUGGGGCUUUUCAGGCCUCUACACUUCUGGCUCCUUUGGGGGGAAAUGGCUGUCAAAUCACCCUACUCCACGUGGACCCUUUAGCUACACCUUUUGGGAGGGAUCACGGGUGAAUUGGUUCUCCCAAGUUGUGCGGAGAAUCAAGCUGUAUUCAGUAAAAGUGGCUCAGCCUGGA